ACUGUCAAGUGUCAACAACUGAUUGCGACUUGCAUUUAGCCUGAAGAUUUUUAAAGAAACAGAAUAAUAAUCGGCACAGGCUUUCAUAGCAUUUCGUCAACAUGGCUCAAACGGCGGGCGUGAAGCCUAUGGCCAUUGCCGGGCGUGUGGCAUCAGAACGUGAAAGAUGCCUUGGUAUGACCGAUGUUGAGAGAGCUUGGCGCAAGCAGUGGUUGAAGGAUCAAGUCUUGGCUCCCAAUGAACCUGUGCAUGUUGAAGAAUAUUGGAGAGAACGCACCAAUAUAUUCCGCCGUAUCUACCGCAUGCCUUUAGACAAAUUGUACUCGGCGCUCACGCCAGUGCUGGGUGCAUCACGCGCUGCUGACUAUAGAUACAUAACUGGAAAGUUGGGACUAAUCGGUUUUGGAAUACUUUGUACUCAUUAUUAUUUUAAAUAUAAUGGAAAUGAUUGGACUAAGAAGGGAGGCUGGAGAGUACAUAAGUCAAAGCCAUUAGUUCUGCCAGGGCAGCCAGGAUUUCCCUUCAGAUCCCAACAUAAAGCUGAUGAUUAUGCCUCCCAGGGAUUCAAGAAAUCUCCAAUAUAAAUACUACCUAAAAUAUAUAUUUAUAAUGCGAACUUUUCAUCUGUUAUGGCAUGAUUAUUUUGUUUGGUAGUUUUAUCAAUAAUAGCGAUUAAAACAG